AAGACCUUUAACCUACUAAAAUCAUUGUCACAAUUUUCAUAAGUAGUUCGUAAAAUUGUAAAUACAGUAAGUCGCAAAAGGUCGGUGCUGCUGAGCAAUAAAGAUAUUAAUUUAUGAAAUCAUUGUUGCGCAGCAAAAAUUGAUCAGAGGAAUAUGAAAAUAAUCGAAUCGAGACGGCACGUCUAAAAGUAUACACAAUUCGCAGGUUGAUGUACAAUAUUGUAACAUUCAGUGCAUAGCAACAUCCAGUGCAGCAAGUAAACUAACCGAACAAGAUGGAUUCCAAAGUGGGUGCAGAUCCUAGUUCGGCCUACGACAAAGAAAUCGGCAACAAUCUAAACAACGAUGAUUCCUCAUUUCUGGGCAACAUAAUCCGCGAAAUCCUGUACAGUCCAAUGAACCUGGCCCUCCUGGCAAUCAUCUGCUUCCUGGUCUAUAAAAUCGUUCGGGAUCGCACCGAAGUGCCAUCCGUGGGCGUUGCAAAGCCAUCCGAACCGGAGUUACCCAAAAUCCGACGCGAUUUCACUGUGAAGGAGCUUCGCCAGUACGAUGGAACUCAGCCGGAUGGCCGGGUUUUGGUCGCCGUCAAUGGAAGCGUUUACGAUGUCAGCAAAGGAAGGCGUUUUUACGGUCCAGGUGGACCCUACGCAACUUUUGCGGGAAGAGAUGCCUCCCGAAACUUGGCCACUUUCAGCGUGGUUUCAAUUGACAAGGAUGAAUACGAUGACCUGAGCGAUUUAAGUGCCGUGGAAAUGGACUCUGUGCGGGAAUGGGAAAUGCAGUUCAAGGAAAAAUAUGAGCUGGUUGGAAAGCUAUUGCGCAAGGGCGAGGAACCAACCAACUAUGACGAUGAUGAGGACGAGGAGAAUGUUAACAAUGAUGAACAAGAGCGAAAGAACCUACCCAAGUCGAAAACUGAGACUGAUGACACCAAACAAGAAAAGGAAAGUCACAUUUUGCAAGGCAAUGCAACAAACAAAAAAAACGCACAAGAUCAGCCCAUUUCUUCUACCGACUGUUAGCGAAUCGGGUUUUUUGUUUUGCUUUUGGAUGUGGCUGUAGUAGUUUAUUUUCGGUUAGAAAC